UAAUGAUUACUCACUAACAAGUAACAAUCAAACAACUAAACAAACCCACCUACAAAUAUUUAAAAAAAGGCAGGGGAAAGCGGCGAACUGCAUGUGACUGCACCUUUCCUUCCCAACAGCUCCCACUUUCCUCUCCCUUAUAUAAUACCAGCUUCCCGCACCAGCAGCGCAACAGAAACCUCCAGAAAAGCCCCCCCUCCAAUUUAGUGGCUGAUCAUUCGUCUCCGUUUCUCGCCACCUGUCUCUCUGUUUUUCCUCUGUUUUAAUCGCUUCGCCGGAAACAGAGACCAAAAAUGAUGGAGACUUGGAGGAAGAAGGGCGGGUCGGCGUGGGAGAGGACCAAGCGGGCUCCGGGGCUGGCAUGCCGGAAAAUGUGGCAAGUCGGAAAGGACGACCCCCGGCGAGCAAUUCACGCCGUGAAAGUCGGGCUAGCACUCACUUUAGUCUCCAUGCUCUACCUCCUCGAGCCCCUUUUUGAGGGUAUCGGCCAGAACGCCAUUUGGGCCGUCAUGACCGUCGUCGUCGUCCUCGAGUUCACCGCCGGGGCGACGCUGUGCAAGGGGCUGAACAGGGGAUUGGGCACAAUCAUGGCGGGAUCACUAGCUUUUCUGAUCGAGUUCGUCGCCGAGGAAACAGGGCAAGUGGGCCGCGCCAUCUUCAUCGGUUGUGCGGUCUUCGUUAUUGGGGCGGCGGCUACUUACUUGAGGUUCUUACCGUACGUGAAGAAGAACUACGACUACGGAGUCGUCAUCUUCCUCCUCACCUUCAAUCUCAUCACCGUCUCCAGCUUCCGAGUCAGCAACGUCAUGAAGAUCGCUCACGAGCGACUCAUCACCAUCGCGAUCGGCUGCGGAAUCUGCCUCUUCAUGAGCCUAUUGGUCUUCCCCAUUUGGUCGGGGCAGGAUCUCCACAACUCCACCGUCAAUAAGCUUCAGGGACUCGCCAAAUCCAUCGAAGUUUGUGUCGAUGAGUACUUUAGCGAUGAAGCUGUGACGGAGGUUAGAGAAGAAGAGAGUGACGAGGAGGACAAGUCAUGUGACGAGGACCCGAUCUACAAAGGUUACAAGGCAGUUUUGGACUCUAAAUCGAUCGACGAGGCUCUGGCAUUGUACGCCAGUUGGGAGCCUAGGCAUUCCAGGCACUGUCGGUAUCCAUGGCAGCAGUACGUCAAAGUUGGAGCGGCUCUUCGUCGCUUCAGCUACACGGUUGUAGCACUCCAUGGGUGCUUACAGACGGAAAUCCAGACGCCAAAAUCCUGUAGAGCACUGUUCAAGGGUCCGUGCAUCCGGCUGGCAAGCGAGGUGUCCGGGGUGCUGAUGGAGCUCGCUACGAGCAUCCGAAACAGACGACACUGCUCCCCAGAGCUGCUCGCGGACCACCUCCACGACGCCCUGCAGGACCUGAACAAGGCGGUCAGGUCCCAGCCCAGGCUCUUCCUGGGCUCCAACUGCAGCCAGGCCAGCAACAUGCUGGCCGUGGCUGCAGCACAAGCCCGCCAGGAGAAAGAGCCAGGAGGAGGAGGAGGAGGAGCGUCGUCGUUGUUGUCGAGCGCCAAGACUGACACAUCGACACUGAGGGAGUGGAAGAAGACGAGGAGCAAGAAGGAAUUAUCUGCUGCUGAGAGGAAGGUGCUUCGGCCGCAGCUGAGCAAGAUCGCGAUGCUGACGUGCAGCCUCGAGUUCUGCGAGGCGCUGCCGUUCGCGGCGUUCGCGUCGCUGCUGGUGGAGACGGUGGCCAGGCUGGACAGCGUGAUGGAGGAAGUUGAGGAGCUAGGGAGGGUGGCUGGCUUCAAGGAGUACAAACGUGAUGAUGAUGAUGAUGUGGUGACUGUGAAAUGUGAGACGCCUAGAGUUGAUGUUUGUCUCAAUAACUUGCCCUCACAUGGAUUAGACUGAUUGGAUGGAUGGUUGAUUGAUUGAUUUGUUUUUUUGGGUUGGUUUGGUAUGUGUAUAUAGUUGCAGACACAGAAGUAAUAUUGUAUUAUUAGUUUUUGGUCUUUGUCUGCUGACAUAUAUGUAGUAACCUUAAAGCUAAUAAUCAAUUGGGGAGUCUGUAGCUUUCUGAUGGGGAAAUUUUUAGACAGAUCAGAGA